UCUUCAGAGGGUUCAGAGUCUCAGUCUGGUUCUGGUCCACAGAGAGCUGAUGAAGACUAUGACGAUGAUGAAGAUGAUGCUCGUCCUCUCUGCUGUCUUCUGUGUCUCAGCUGACGUUUCACAUGAGGGCAUCCUUGUUACUGGCUGUUCUGACACUGAUGAAGAGUUCCUGUUCGGUCUGGAUGGAGAAGAGCUCUGGUACGCAGACUUCAAACAGGGCAAAGGAGUCAACCCACAGCCCACUUUUGUGGUUCCCAUGGACGUACCAGGAGAUUAUGAAUACGCUUUGAGUGAACAACGGAUGUGCAGAAAUAUCCUUAAAAUGGAUCGGGAAGCCUAUAAGGACCUCCCACUGGAGCGAGAUCCUCCUUCAAGUCACAUGAUCUACACCAAGGACACCGUGGAACUGGGAGAGAAGAACUUGCUCAUCUGUCAUGUGACUGGUUUCUAUCCUGCUCCAGUGACGUUCUCCUGGACCAAGAACGGGAAGAACGUCACUGAAGGAACCAGCAUGAACCUUCCCUUCAUCAACAAAGAUGGAACUUUCAACCAGUUCUCCACCCUUGAGUUCACCCCAAAGCUGGAAGACACCUACAGCUGCAGGGUGGAACAUCUGGCCCUGAACCAUCCACAGGUCAAGUCCUAUGAUGUGAAGGUGUCUCAGCCCAGCGUUGGACCAGCGGUCUUCUGUGGAGUUGGUCUGACGGUUAGUCUCCUCGGAGUGGCUGCUGGAACCUUCUUCCUCAUCAAAGGAAAUGAGUGCAGAUGAUUGGGUUGAUGAUCUUCAUCAUAUAGGCGUCUCAUCUUCAUCAUCUAAUUCAGUCUAAUUAAUCUCUUAUUUUGAAAUAACGAUGACGGUGUAGAAAUUAUUUCAUUUUGUUUUCUCACAUUUGUGACUUGUUUCUUGCAAUAAUGAACAGAACAGUUGUCCCUGCUUGUGUCUCAGCGCUUUUAACAGUUUGAAGAACACGACGUGUUUAAACUAUAAGAACUAAAUUCAGAAUGAAUCUUCUAAACAUGUUUGUCUCUGCUGUAAGAAGCUCAGUGGCUUUUUAUUCCUGCUGGAGAUCAUUUAUGGACAAAUAUUGUGUGUUUUCAAGUAAUUAUGAAUGAAACUGGCUCAGUUGUUUUUUUAAUAUUUCCUUUUAUUCAUCUACAGUAUUUGUUCACUUAAAACAAGCUUGGAGACAUAGUUAUGCUGAGCUAAGCUACUAAAAUAA